GGCCGAGGCGAGCUCAGAUGGCGGCGGCGCUGGGCGCCUAGGCGGGCGGGGGCCAUGAGCGCCACCCGACCCCAGUUCAGUAUCGAUGACGCCUUCGAGCUGAGCCUGGAGGACGCGGGACCUGGGCCCGAGUCCAGUGGGGUCGCCCGCUUCGGGCCGCUGCACUUCGACCGCCGGUCCAGGUUCGAGGUGGCUGAUGAAGACAAGCAGUCCCGGCUGCGCUACCAGAACCUGGAAAAUGAUGAGGAUGGAGCCCAGGCCUCUUCAGAGCUCGAUGGGGGAGUCAGCACAAGGGAUUCUGGGCGCAUGUCCAUCCGUAGCUCUCAGUGGUCCUUCAGCACCAUCAGCAACACCACCCAGCGUUCCUACAAUGCCUGCUGCAGCUGGACCCAACAUCCUUUGAUCCAGAAAAACAGAAGGGUAGUUCUGGCCUCCUUUCUGCUCCUGCUGCUGGGGCUAGUGCUUAUCCUGGUCGGCGUGGGACUGGAGGUGGCCCCCUCUCCAGGUGUCUCCAGCGCCAUUAUCUUCGUGCCAGGUUUCCUGCUGCUAGUCCCGGGAGGUCUGGCCCAGCCCCUUCUACAUAGGUUUAAUGGAGGACUCACCUGGGGUGUGGAGGACCACCAAUCUCUAAUGGCAUCUAGGACAACCUGGUGAUCUCAGAUGUGCUAAGAUCACCAUUAUGUCCAAGGCAGAGCUGCAUGGAGAAGUGGUCGGCCUUCCUGCCUUCAACCCUGAGGCGAUUCAACUGUCCCCAUCUGUGUAGCAUGCCAGCACUUGUCCUUGUGGCCUCAUCAAAGGGCACUGAGAGAUGACGCAGGCCUGGGGCCUGGAGGCUGGUAUCCCAGUUCCAGCCUGACUCUGGGGCCCUAGGCUGCCGUAUGCAUCUCUAAAUAAGGGUUAUGUGGGACAGUGCUCCCCCACCCACUGCCCUACUUCCGAGACCCAGCAGCUGGGAAGGACUAGGGAGCUGAUGGGGGUGAGAGCACAGCUCCUCAGUGGCUGGGAGGACUAGGGAG